AUGAGCAGCAGUUCUGUGCUUACUUCCUUGAGGGAACUAGAUGCUGCAAGACUCCAGGCAUCUAGAACUGGCGGAAUCCUCCGUGAGGAUGACAGCAAUAUUGAUAUCGUCCAAACAACAAACUCAAGCAGUGUGCCUAUUUGUCAUUUAAGUACCCUACUUCCCUUCACCUUUGGUGAUUUUGUUCCCCAGAGGUUUGCCUUUGAGUUUGCUGUUGGAAUUGCCCUUGCAGCGCAUCAGAUGAAUGUAGGAGACGGAAGCGUGAUUCCUAUUUUGGAUGGCCUCAGCGAGCGUUGCAACAUUAAGUUCACAGUGUCUUUUUCGGACACACAACUGAAUAGUGGAGUCGCACUGGAGCAUAUCGUCGAUCAAAUUGGACGAAAUGAGGGAUCACCUGAACCUAAGCCAUGUGCAUUUGUGGGGGCAUAUUCUUCGUCCAAUUCGCAACCAACCUCCAUUGUAACCAGUUUGUUUGGGUAUCCACAAGUGUCAGGGUCAUCUACCAGUCAAGAACUUGACAACGUUGGUCAGCAUAGUUUAUUUGCUAGAACGAUUCCGUCUGAUGCUGACAAUGCUGUUCCGAUGCUCAAGUACUUUCAUGAUGUCCUGAAUGUGAAACGAUUUGCGAUAGUCCAUGUCAAUGAUUCCUUUGGAAAUGGCUUUGUAAUCGCGUUCCGAAGAGCUGCCCGAAUUUAUGCUCCAGACAUGGAGAUUUUGGCCAUUCCACUGUUGGACGGUGAUGAGAGACGGGCUGCAGAAGCACUCCUGCAAAGUGGUUUCACCUACGUUUUUUGUCUUGCGUUCACGAAUGAAGUACACGAUAACCUCAUGGUCGCAGCACAUGAAUUGGGGGUAGCGGGAGAUGGAACUCACAGUUGGUUCUUUGGUGACAGUUUUGUUGGGACGUUGAAAGGGAGAAGCUUUGAACCAGGUUCUGCCUUGCAUAAAGCGUACAAUGGAGUGGGGAUGCUCGAAGUCGCUGGUGGCCUACCGGGCGAUCCAGCCUAUGACAGUUUUGUUUCCGAAUUGGAAAAAUUGAAGAACCCUGAAGAUUUGGAAUAUCUUGGCUCCCUUUUCCCACAAUACAACGCUCCUCAGUAUGGAUCCAGUCCACCUUUCAUCGACGAUGAUACCUUCUUGAGCACUGCACUUCAAAGUACCUAUACCGGAUUGUUCUAUGAGGCUACAAUUGCACUUGGCUUAGCCGCUUGUAGCGCCAUGUCCGGGAACACGCUGAGGGGACAAACCCAUUUUGAUCACCUUUCGGAUGGGUCCUUCACUGGAGUUAGUGGAAAAGUGGCCUUCAACACCACCACUGGCACUCGGGAUCCAAUCGGGGCAACCUAUCAAAUUUUGAAUUAUCUAUCGGAAGAAGUUGGAGGAAGCGUGACAUUUGGGGAGUUUACUACGGAUAAGUACCAAAACGGGGAAUGGGGGCAGGUCCGAGAGUACAUCUUCAAUGAUGGUACUAAUGUUGCUCCACCGGAUGUCAAUACCAUGCUUGCACCAACCGCUGACCCCAUUGAAUGGGUGAUACGAAUUAUGGUGCCAGUUGGGCUUGGAUUGUUGGCAGUCGUCUUGGUAUACUUGUUUUUUGAACGAAAGCGAAAACAAAGCGACACGCUCUGGUACAUCAAGUCAGAGGAGCUCUAUUUUGAUGACCCUCCAGAAAUCAUUGGAAGAGGAGGUUUUGGGCUGAUUCUUAAGGCCGAGUAUCGGGGCACGCACGUCGCGGUAAAGCGGGUCCUACCUCCUCGCUUUCGAGAGAAUAAUAAGCGUCGCUUCCGAAAUUCCGUUAGAACCGAUUCGACCGAAAAAACUACUUUGGGCGAGCUUAAGGAGAGUGACAAGGAGGGUGACAAGGAUGUGGAAAACGUGACCGAUAAUAUUGGCAUGAAGUCCGUUGGGGAAAAUUCAAUGCCACACAUUCUAACGAUGACGGGAAGUGUGAGAGAGGGGAGUAACCCAUUGAAAAUGUCAUCAAAUGGACGAAACUCUGCUGGGGAAGGGACAAGGCGACAGUUACGCAAGACUUUCAUGAGGGAAAUGAGGUAUUUGUCCAAGCUACGACACUCGUGCAUUGCGACGGUAAUGGGUGCCGUUGUAGAGCAUGGGAUGGAGCCUAUGCUCGUUUUGGAAUAUAUGGAGUUGGGAUCUUUCUACGAUGUAUUGCACAAUGAAACCAUGUUCAUCGAAAGCAGUGUUAUGCUUCAUAUCUUGCAAGACGUAUCCCAGGGAAUGCGUUUCCUUCAUGCAUCUUUUCCACAAGUUAUUCACGGGGAUCUUAAGGCCGCCAAUAUAUUGGUGGAUAGCAGGUUCAGAGCAAAAGUUUCAGAUUUUGGGCUUUCACAAGAUAUUAACAGCUCCGGUUGCACUGGCACUCCAUACUGGAUGGCUCCAGAGCUCCUGCGUGGGGAUUGCGUGAAUACGACAGCAACUGACGUUUACUCGUUUGGAAUCAUCUUGUACGAAGCUUAUUCGAGAAAAGAUCCAUACGAUGGCGAAGAUCCCGCGACUGUCCUGAACUUAGUGGCAGAUGAACUGGUGCAUAAACGGCCUCCCACUCCAAACAAUAUGCCGGCUCAAAUCGAAUCUUUGAUGAAAGACUCUGUGCAGGAGAACAUCGAUCGAAGGCCAACUUUUGAGGAGAUUGAUUUGAGAUUACAGCGUCUUGACAGCGACGAUCUUGUUGCAAAAGGUGGAGGAUCAUCGCAUUUUGGUCAAAGGACAACAUCGAUAUCUCUUUACGAUAUCUUUCCCAAACAUGUCGCACAAGCGCUUCGUGAGGGCCGAGCUAUCGAGGCGGAGCAUCAUGACAUGGUGACAAUUUUCUUUUCGGACAUUGUGGGCUUCACUCAGCUUUCUGCGGAACUGGAGCCUCGGAAAGUCGCCGACUUAUUGAAUCGUCUUUACACAAAGUUUGAUGCGCUUUCUCGAAAAUACGAUGUAUUUAAGGUGGAAACAAUUGGGGACGCCUACAUGGCCGUCACAAACUUGGUCAAAGAGCAGGAGAGUGAUCAUGCAAAGCGUAUUGCAGAAUUUGCAAUUGAAGCCAUCAAAGAAGCAAACGAAACCAUAGUUGACACGGAUGACGAGUCAAAGGGAUAUAUACGAAUUCGAGUAGGCUUUCAUUCAGGAUCCGUGGUCGCUGAUGUUGUUGGGACACGCAAUCUAAGAUUUUGUCUUUUCGGGGACUCAGUUAAUACAGCAUCGAGGAUGGAAAGCAAUUCAAAAGCAAAUCGAAUUCACUGCUCAUCUGCCGCUGCUGAGCUUCUUUCGAAACAGGCUCCCGAGCUCCCGUUGAGAUCUCGAGGCAAGAUUCCAAUCAAGGGAAAGGGAAAUAUUCACACUUACUGGGUAAACGAGGGGUCGAAAUCUGGUGUGGUCGAGGGGAAGGAUGAUGAAGUUUGGGUGCCGAAAGCGAAACGACGAUCCUCUGGCAGGCAGAGGCAGAGACCUAGUCUUUUAGGCAUCAGCGAUGCGAGAAAGAGUGCUGCAAAUUUCUUGCUCAGACCGUUGGAUCGCUUGAAGGACAAAGACAGAAAUAGGGAUAGCAACAGCAAGAGCUCGGAAUUCAGUUUGAUUCGUGACAGUCACAACAACAGCAACCACAGUAGAUCGAUAUCCCUACACAGUGUUGAUCUCGCGAAAGUGGUGGAACAGUUGGGAAGCAGCGACGACAGUUCUGGCGAAAUCAACUUCGGCGGAUCGUCAAAUACGGGCAGAAGGAGUAGGAGCAAUUCAAGGAGCUAG